ACCCACAACCAGUUGUCGACAUUAUUCACUCUCUCUUUCUCUCUCUACAUUUCUAGAGAGAGAGGAAAAAAAAAAACCAAACCCAAAUAAACUCCUCUUCCAGUCUUCCUGCACUCUUACUGCCACCCCACACACACUCUCUCUCUACAAUGGACAAGUCCCCUCUCUUCCUCUCUCUCCUCCUCCUUCUCUCCACCCUCAUCUCUACCACAACCUCCGACCUCGCCGCCGACCGAUCCGCCAUCCUCUCCAUCCGCUCCGCCGUGGGUGGCCGCUCCAUCCUCUGGAACAUCUCCCAACCCGCCACCCCCUGCACAUGGCCCGGCGUCGUCUGCGACAACAAAACAAACCGUGUUGUCGAACUUCACUUCCCCGGAAUGGGUCUUUCCGGCGAACUUCCGGCCAACACUCUCGGCAACUUAACCCAACUCACCACCCUCAGUCUCCGGUUCAACGCCCUGUCCGGUCCACUCCCCACCGAUAUUUUUAACCUUGUGAACCUCCGGAAUCUUUAUUUGCAAAAUAAUCUUUUUUCCGGUCCGAUUCCUGAUUUGUUUUCGCCCUUGGUUAAUCUUGUUAGAGUUAGUUUUGCUAAUAAUAAUUUCUCCGGUGAGAUUCCAGGUUCGGUUAAUAACUUGACCCGGUUGGCUACAUUGUAUUUGGAAAACAACGCUUUAACGGGUCAGAUCCCGGAUCUGACCCGAACCAAUAUCGCGUUGUUUAACGUUUCAAAUAAUCGGUUAACUGGGGAGAUCCCGAAGAAGUUUUCGGGUUUUCCGGAUACGGCUUUUGCCGGGAAUGAGUUAUGUGGAGGCCCACUUAGGGCGUGUAACGGGUCGGGAUCCGGGUCGGGUUCAGAUAAGUUAUCCGGUGGAGCGAUUGCCGGAAUUGUGAUCGGAUCUGUUUUGGGUGUGAUUUUGGUUUUAUUAAUUUUAUUCUUUUGUUGUUGUAAGAAGAGGGGUAAGAAAGAUGUGACAAGUUCAAAGGAUGUAGGGGAAAAUAAGCAAGUUGAAAUUGAGGUGGAGAAUCAGAAUCGGAAUCCGAAAGUUAAAUCUGGGGAGAAUGUGGAUAGUUAUUCGUCGUUAUCCUCCUCGGUUGCUGGAGGAGGGGGCGGGGCGAAGGGGAAGUCCGGGGAGGUUAGUAAGAAGUUAGUGUUCUUUAACAAGAACAAGGAGUUAGGUAAGUUUGAUCUCGAGGACUUGUUACGAGCAUCGGCGGAGGUGCUAGGGAAAGGGACGUUUGGGACCGCGUACAAAGCAGUGCUUGAGAUGGGAUUCGCGGUGGCGGUUAAACGGUUGAAGGAUGUUACGAUGGCGGAUAAGGAGCUUAGGGAGAAGAUUGAAGGUGUGGGAGCAAUGGAUCAUGAGAAUUUGGUUCCUUUGAGAGCUUAUUAUUGCAAUGGGGAAGAAAAGCUUUUGGUUUAUGAUUACAUGCCUAUGGGAAGCUUAUCUGCUUUGUUACAUGGAAACCGAGGAGCGGGUAGAACACCGUUGAAUUGGGAAACACGAUCCGCCAUAGCCCUAGGAGCAGCUCGUGGAAUCACAUACCUACACGCACAAGGACCGACAGUCUCCCAUGGGAACAUAAAAUCAUCAAACAUCCUCUUGACCACGUCAUAUGAAUCCCGUGUCUCUGAUUUCGGUCUAGCCCAACUCGUGGGUCCCAAUGCAACACCGACCCGUGUGGAUGGCUACCGUGCACCAGAGGUAACCGAUAUACGCAAAGUUUCCCAAAAAGCAGAUGUGUACAGUUUUGGAGUGUUGUUAUUGGAGCUUCUAACGGGUAAAGCACCAACACACGCGUUACUAAACGAUGAAGGGGUUGACCUCCCAAGGUGGGUUCAGUCCGUGGUUCGAGAAGAAUGGACCUCUGAGGUCUUUGAUCUCGAGCUUCUAAGGUAUCAGAAUGUUGAAGAUGAUAUGGUUCAGUUGUUACAGCUAGCUAUCGAAUGUUGUGCUCAGUACCCGGAUAAAAGGCCGGCUAUGGUCGAUGUGUCUAACCAAAUUGAGGAGCUUUGUGGCGGUUCGAGUGGUUUGCAGCAACAUGGCCCGAGCCCGAUACAUGACAUCGUGAGUGAUUCGUGAUCCCUUUGGGAUCUGAUUGAAUUUGUUGUUUUUUGAUUUAUUGUUUUGAUUUUGGAAAUGUUGAUUAUAUACACGUUUUGAUGUUGUAGGUUCUUGAGUAAAUUGUAAUUUGAAAUCUCAAUGCUAUUCUUUGUUUUGUUUUAUGUAAACUUUUGUUAUUUAUCUUAACUUAUUCUUUUUCUUGUA